UCAAACAUGCUUAAAGUCUUGAGGUUGGGAGAAACUGGACUCCUCUUAGGUACAUAGAAAAGAACAAAUUAUGAGUGAUAACAGAUGGCAAAGGCGGGAUUCAUCCACUGUCCAAAUGUAAAUGAACCAGAUGUGGCCAAAUGUUUCUUUUGCUUGUUAGAACUGGAAGGCUGGGAACAAAAUGAUAACCCGUGGGAGGAACACAGCAAACGUCACGUCUGUGAGUUUUUAUCUCUUCCUAAGAACUUUGAAGACCUGACAAUGGAGGAGUACUACAUGCUGGAGAUGACACGGCUGAGAACAUUCAUUCGCAAAAUCGGCAGGCGCGUAAUAAACUCUUUCGAAGAAGAAGUCGCCACAACUAGGAAGCAUCUUGUGGAUUACUUUGUCUCCAAGCAUCAGUACACACCACCACUGCCCCUGCCUCCCAGUGAUGAUCCGUCCACUCAGCACUCAGAAGGCUCAUACUGCCAGUCAAAAUAAGGCCGGGAAAAGUGAAGUGUCAAGUCCGACUCUGAAAGUUUCUCUUUUUGAUUUGGUACAAACAGUCCUAUCUUUAGCUGGGUAUGAAUAUAAAGCUAAACAGUUGUGUGAGGAAGUGUGUAUGUAGAGAAUUCCCUUCAUAGGCUCUCUGGAUCAGAGGUCAAAGCUGUUUAUACUGACUCCCAUCUUUCAUAAUGUGCUUUGUUGUUAUGCUUAGGUGUGGAUUAACAGGAGUGCCACUAAUCUGUGAAUAUAUGGAAAAUGUGUAAGCAAAUACCUAUAUUGUGGUUUUUAGCAGACUGAUUUUUUUUUUUUAAUAAAGAUUCAGAACU